AUGGCUUCUUAUCAACCAAAUCUUCCAUUAGCUUUAGAUGCUUUGUAUUGUGAGGAGGAACAUUGGGAUAAUGGAGAAGUUGAAAACAGAUAUAAUAAACGUUUCACAGAAGAAGAGAGUGGAUUUCUUGCUGAUUUCAUAAACUGUCAACAUCCAGUGGUGUUAUUGGAACAGGACUUGCUUUGGGAAGAUGAAGAGUUGAGUUCUUUAUUGUCUAAAGAGCAGGAAAAUGAAAUGUAUAAUGGGAUUCAAGAGAACCCAUCUUUGGCUAAGGCUAGAGGUGAGACAGUAGAGUGGAUGCUCAAGGUUAUUGAAUAUUACUCUUUUUCAGCUCUCGCUGCGGUUCUUUCAGUUAACUAUUUGGAUAGGUUCCUCUGUGGGUUUCAGUCUCACAAUGAGAAGCCAUGGACAACUCAACUAGCAGAUGUGGCUUGUCUUUCUUUGGCUGCAAAAGUAGAGGAGACUCAAGUGCCUCUCCUUUUAGACUUCCAAGUGGAAGAGUCUAAACUUGUGUUUGAGGCAAAAACUAUUCAAAGGAUGGAGAUUUUAGUACUGUCCACACUGCAGUGGAAGACGAAUCCAGUGACCCCACUUCCAUUUCUUGAUUACAUUGCAAGGAGGCUGGGAUUGAAGAGCAAUUUGUUCUGUGAAUUUCUCAGGAGAUGCGAGUGCUUGCUUCUGUCAGUCAUUACUGGCGCAUCAAAUGCAUCCUGA